UAUUCGCAGUCACUUUUGCAGACUGUCAUGGCCCUAUGGAAGAUCCUAACCUAUUCGAAGGCGAUAUGAUUUUGUCUCCUGACCAACUGGACAAUAUUCAAAAUGGUAGGAUUAACAAAGCUAUUCCAAUGGCAGCAGCGAAGACAAAUUUGUGGCCAAGAAUCAUCCCAUUUGAUUAUAAAGAACUUGAAUCUACACCUGGCCGCGUUGCAAUUGACAAAGCUAUUAAAGAAAUCGAGCAACAUACGUGUUUACGUUUUGUUAAAAGAACAACCGAAAGAGGUUACUUGAAAUUCAUUAACCGUUUUAAAUGCGCAACUUUUGUUGGUUACUCGCCAAUGAUGAUAAAAGUUUCCUUUGGGAGUCUUUGCUGGGAGCCUGGUAUUGCCGUUCACGAAAUCCUGCACGCCUUAGGUUUCUAUCAUGAGCAGAGCAGACCAGAUCGAGAUAACUUUGUUAAAAUUAACUACGAAAAUGUACUGCAAGGCUCCGCAAUACAGUUCAAAAAGUACGGCACAGAUAAAAUUAAUUCGCUUGGUAUUCCGUACGACUAUCAAUCCAUCAUGCAUUAUGGGGAAAAAGCCUUUUCAAAGAACAGAAAAAAUACAAUUGAAACAUUGGACCCCAAGAAGCAAUCUUUGAUUGGACAACGAAAAGGGUUAAGCAAAUUAGAUAUUCAACAAAUCAAUUUACUUUACAAAUGCAACGAGAAAUUGAACACGUCUACGUUACCAAGAACAAAAGCGUCAACAUGCACGGAUAGAACCCCUGAUUGUAGUUUGUUCAAACAGAAAUGUCAGCUGAAGAAAGAUCCUCUGCACAAAUGGACUGUACGCUACUGCAAAAAGACUUGCGGGUUGUGUGCCAAAGUUUCAACAUUAGCUAAACAAAAUGUUCAAGUGGAAUCAAGAUACGAAUACCAACAAGUUUGCAAGGAUGAAUUGGUCAAUUGCGAUGCAUUUUCGCACAAAUGUAAAUCCUCGGAAAGCUCCUGGAAAAGUUUUGUAAAAAAUCAAUGUGCCAAAACGUGCGGAUAUUGCUCAAUGGCUGUAAAGACAACAGUCCCUGCACCAGUCACUACUGCAAACCCCUAUUGUUAUGACAAAGUCAAUUGUAAAGACUACGUCGCAAAUGGAUAUUGCAGUCCAAAAUCGCCUUCAUUUUUCCAUCAAUACAUGAAGAAGAAUUGUAUAAAAAGCUGCGGAUGGUGUGUAACUGUUCUUCCACCCAUUGGAACACCCCCUCCAUGGCCUAAGGAUUGUGGUGUCCCAACUUAUCAAACAUCAAAAGUGAUUGGUGGAGUUGACGCAAAACGAGGAGCAUGGCCAUGGCAGGCUCGAUUAUACAAAACAAAUACUUAUGCAUCGUAUUGUGGUGCCUCGCUUAUCUCAACAACUUGGUUAGUAACUGCAGCACAUUGUGUCAGCGGUAAAUCUGCGAAAGAUAUCACUGUUCAUCUAGGACUACAUAACUUGGCCAAAGCAGAAAAUUCUAUCCAAGAGAUACUUGUACGACAAAUUAUUGUCCAUCCGUCAUAUAACAAACCGACAAGAAUGAAUAAUGACAUAGCUUUAUUGCAACUUGUUAAACCAGCUAUUUUGAAUGAUCGAGUCAAAGCAGUAUGUUUACCGAAACAGGGAAAAGCCGUGAAAUUGGGGACGAAAUGUUACUUAACAGGCUGGGGAAAGACAAAACAUCCUGGAGGACCGUCCUUAGUCUUGCAACAAACUGAUCUAGAUAUUGUCGACAGUAGUAUUUGUCAUGCAUUGAAUUAUGGGAAUUACAGAAUUCCGGUUACCAAAGGAAUGGUUUGCGCUGGUCUUGGACACAACACGAUACAAAGUGGUUGCCAUGGAGAUUCUGGUGGUCCAUUGGUGUGCAAAGAAAACAAUAAAUUUGUUUUGCAUGGUGAUGUAAGUUGGGGAAGUCAUAUUUGUGAUGCUUCGAAAGGAUAUACAGUGUUUGGAAGAGUCAGUCAUUACAGAACAUGGAUGGAUCAAUAUAUUUACACUUAAAAUAUAAUAACAUAAAACAGAAUAUACGAAAAUAAAAUCAUGACAAAAAAUUAUUAAUUUUACGCAUUGUCCGCUUUUUAGCACCAAAAGCUCAAUUUUGCGUACUUGCCAGGUUAUCAAAGGUUUACUGAUUGAAUUUAUUUAAAGUGUCAAUUUUUAUUUAUUUUUCACAACGUACCUGCAAGA